AAGCCGUUCAGGAACUCGCUUUUUAUAGUCACGUGACCAACUGCAGCCAUGAUGGACGGAAUAGAUGACAGCCCUGACCUCCUUGCUGAGGAUAAUAUCAAGAGUCGUUCUGAUACAGUUGAUCUAACAGACACAUCUCUCUUGGUUGACAUAUCAGAUGCUUUAAGUGAAAGAGAUAAAGUCAAGUUUACUGUACAUACCAAGACAACACUACUACAGAGGUUUAAACAAGCUGAGUUUUCUGUUGUUCGUCAGCAUGAAGAGUUUAUUUGGUUACAUGAUAGAUAUGUUGAAAACUCUGAAUAUGCUGGUAUUAUUAUUCCACCAGCACCACCAAAACCAGACUUUGAAGCAUCUCGUGAAAAAUUACAGCGGUUAGGUGAUGGGGAAGGUACAAUGACAAGAGAGGAGUUUGCAAAAAUGAAACAGGAGCUAGAAGCUGAAUAUUUAGCUACAUUUAAGAAGACAGUAGCUAUGCAUGAAGUAUUUUUACAAAGAUUAGCAGCUCACCCUCUUCUUAAAACAGAUGUUAAUUUUGAAGUUUUUCUAGAAUUUGAUUCUGAUUUAAGUGUACGAGGUAAAAACAAGAAAGAGAAAAUUGGGGGCUUUUUUAAAACUAUUACUAAAACAGCAGAUGAAGCAUUAUUAGCACAACAAAAGGAUGUAGAUGAAUUUUUUGAAAGUGAGAAGCAAUUUCUUGUUGAAUAUCACAAUAAGAUUAAAGAUGCUACAGCUAAGGCUGAUAAAAUGACCAGAGCACAUAAAUGUGUGGCUGACACAUAUAUUCAAAUAUCAUCAUCAUUAGUACAACUAGCUACCAUUGAAAAUACAGAAUUAGAUAAAAUAUUUACAAAAGUAGCUGAAGCGCUAGAAAAAGCCAGAAAAUUAGAAGGAAGAGUUGCAACAGAUGAAGAUUUAAAAUUAAGUGAUACAUUAAGGUAUUAUAUGAGAGACUCUGCAGCUGGUAAAGAUUUAUUAUAUAGACGAUCACGGUCUCUAGCUGAUUAUGAAAAUGCAAAUAAAGCUCUAGAAAAGGCUAGAACAAAGAAUAAAGAUGUUCAACAGGCAGAAAAAGUUCAACAACAGUGCUGUGAAAAAUUUGAUAAAAUAUCAGAUACUGCCAAAAAAGAAUUAUCUGAGUUUAAGACUAGAAGAAUUGCUUAUUUUAAGAAGAAUUUAGUAGAAGUAACUGAACUAGAACUGAAACAUGCAACUGCUCAAAUCCAAUUACUGAAGAACUGUAUUGCUGCUUUAAAGAAAGAUUCCUAGAGAUAGUGUAUGGAAGGUGCCUUUAAAGAAUUUGUUGCUAGGCUGAAAACAUUGUUGGAAGAGCGACCAUAUUGUUCAGCUGGUAGUUUUUAUAGAUCAACCCUUGAAUAUUUCUACCUUGUUAGUUUGAUACAAACAGUUUAUAUUUAUAUUGUUGUAUUAUAUAUAUAUAUAUUAUACCUAUAUGUUACAUCACACUGCUAAAUGUAAUAUUCUUUGACCCCUCCACAGGUCAUUAUUAAUGUUAGAAAUUACUCUGUAAUAAAUACCAACCAGUUUAGGUUAUAAAAAAAAUAUUCUGAUUCUCAAAGGUCUACAUAAAAAAUACAAAAAUUAUCCUCAUUGAUUACCACACAUUUAUAUUUCCUGUGUUACAAGGAGGUAACUCUUGAAUUUUGGAAGUGUCUAGUAGGCUUAUUAGUUGUCAAGUACACAACCCUGCACAACCAUAAAUGACACUGUAUGAUCAUAAAUUAGAAAAUGGCAUCCAUUUAUUCAUCUGCUUAAUUUAAGUCCAUUCUAUUGUGGAUGGAAGGAACGGCAAUCACAUCAGAACUACAAAGUCUGUGCUUUCAUCUGAAGACCGAGACAACAAUUAAUUACUGCGUGUAUAUUAAAUUAUAUUCGGAUUAGGAUAUAGUCCAGUUACAGCUAAGUUUACAUACAUAACACAAGUAUUAGUAACUUUAAGUAAAUUCCAAUAAACAGAUGACAAGGUAAAUGUAGAACCUUGAAAUGCAGUACUUAUGAGAAGUCAUUUAGCCAUACAAACCUUUUAUGAAUUUAGCCAUACUAUCCUUUGAUGAAAUAAAAACCUCCCCACAAUAUCAGAUUAUUUUGUAUGUUUGUCUUGAGAACCAGAAUUUUUUUUGUAUUUCCUAAAUAAUAUGCCAUUGCUAAUGGAUCGAAAAAAUUCAUCUGUCAUUAGUUAAAUUAGGCAUAUUGACAGAUUAGUUGUUAUUCGUUUUAUCAUUGUGACUUUUAUUUUUACAUUGAUGUUACACCCUCAUUAUCUGUAUGUCAUGCAUGUCAUAAGUUACUUAACAAUAUGUAAAACACAUUUAAUAUAGAAAUUAGUUAUGCCAUAUUAUAUAUAGAACGUUGUAGUGAACAGUAAUACUCUGUUCGCAGUGGAUUGAUUUGAAAAAUUUGUAAUACAAUUAUGUUUUAUAAUAUCAGUUUGGGUUAUUGCUGUUUCUUUCAUCUGUCUUACUGCUUGGAAAUAUUGCAUGAAAUUAAUAUCAGUCAUUUUGUCCACAAGUCUACUGACUCUUUAUGGCAGUAAAUUGCUAUGUCUGCAAAUUAGUAUGGUCUCUAUAAUAAGCUAUUUUUGGCAUUAAUUUCAAUCAUUGUGGAGUUAGAGAAGGGGAAUCAAUUGCCAUAAGGAAGAAUAACCUACAGAUACCAUGUUUACCCAGGGUAUAUUCCCACACUGACAGCUUGCAGUGUCAGCUUUUGUCUCCAUGGUAAACUACAUCAUUAAACACAGCAAUAUCACAUUCAUGUAGCCAAACCGGAUUAUUCUACUUAUUAUAUUAGUCAUAAUAAAAAUUGUUUUCACCAUAUGAUAAACUAGAACAUGUAUAACUGUUCAAUAUGAUGACAUUUAUUUUCAAUAGAUCAUGUUAUGUAUUAAAACACAUCACAAUAUAAUAUUUCACGGUUUAAUUUUGCGGUUCAUUUAUUUUUUUGGGCAUGAUAAAACAAGUAGACAGCACACUAUAAAUCUAUAGACGUAGAGAUGAUUUCAAUAUAUUGUAUAUAAAUGUAAAUAAUUAAACAAUUAAUUGAUUAAAUUAACCAAUUUAUUAAGGAUUAUGUAUAUAAUCUAUUAAAGAUUGAUCCUUAUUUAGAGGAGAUUUUCAGCUACCAUGAAUUUGAAAUAUUCUCAAAGAUUUUCUGAUCUUAAUUCUUCAUAACAAUUCUUCAUUUCUAUUGUUUUCUUUAUUUUAUACAAAUUGUUUUGAACAAGAUAAAAUGUGUUAUUUUUAGUGUUGCUGUGUUAUUUGUUACUGUGUGGCCUUAUUAAAAUAUUUAUUUAAUUUUUCUGUUAUUAUUUUAAUAAAUUGGUUAAAAUUUAGUGCUUUAAUUAGCUCUUGUUAGAGUUUCUAAAUAUUACAUGUGUAACUAUGUUUAACAUUCCAAUUUCAGGCUUGUUAACUGCUUCUAUUUAUGUUAGAGAAUCUUCAACUUUUGUCAUUCAGUUCUAAUUUAAAAAUUAGUAAUGUAUUCACUGUCUCUGGCAACCUUUUUGUUACUUAUUUCUUAUAAAUUUAGUUGUUACAAAGUUGUACUAGAUAAAGACAAGAGGAGUUGCUAAAUUUUGGAAACCAAAGUAGGUACAGUACCUUAUGUUUUAUUUGUGGAAAAUGUCAUUUGUUUGUUUUAGAGGUGGAGCAUGUUUUGGCAAGUGUAGCAUAUUCAGUUAUGUUUUGUUUCAUUUUUUAAAUUUAGUUUAUUUGAAAAAUAUAAUUAUGAUGGUCGACAUGUGCGGGGGAUUAAUCAAUCGUGUACUAUAUGUACAACAAUGAAAUACAAGCUGACAAAUAUCAGAAGUUAUCGUUUGUAUUUUAUAACAACUGUAAUCUGUGCAUAGCCAUAUCAAAAUACUCUUCGAAACUGACAUUCAAACCUAGUCAGACAAUGUAUUAGAAUUUGAAAAAAGGUGUCAAUAUCUUGUAUUGUUUAAUAUUUUGUUAUGUUUUUGUAUUGCUAAAUAUCAGCAGAUGAAUGUAUCAAACGUAUAAUUCUAAAUCAGUCUGUAUUUGAAUCAGUGUUAUAAAAGAUGCCAUCAAAGUACUAUAACUAAUCUAAAUCACCCACCCUAAACAUUGUAAAAUGCAAGAUUAAAUGACCAAGCAUCAAUGUUUCAAGCUUGUCAAAUUGCUCUGUUCGACUUUCUGAAUAAAUAGUUUGACAAAAAGAGAAUUAAUGUUGCUAUAAAAGAUAGUUAGGGUUAAUCAUUGUCAGAUAUUUUUCUAGUAUAAAGUAGCUUUUUAUAUUGUAAUUAGAUGUGAAUAGUUAGCAAUGAUUGUUAAAUAAUGUUGAUGACUGAUUGCAAUAAUUACCCCUGGGACUUUGAUAAUAAUAUAUUGAUUGGAUCACCAUCCUUGAUUGGUAAUAAUAUAAGCACUUGAAAGUUUGGCAACUCAUCGAUAUGUUAUUACAGUUUGAUAAUGAAUGUAUGUACCUCCACGCUACACCAUAUCUGUUGAAAUAAAAUUAUUAUGUAUACAAAUGAA